AUGAAUGAAUCGUACGAGUUAGAAGUUGAUGAAAAAGGGCAUGCAAAAAUUAGCUCUCAUUCUGUUUGGGGCAUUUUAAAAGGAUUGGAAACAUUUUCUCAACUGCUCGUCAACGUUGGUCAGAACCAGUUUCAAAUUCAGGUGGUGAAAAUCAGCGACGCGCCUCGAUUCCCUCACCGCGGAAUGAUGAUCGACUCCUCGCGUCACUUUCUGCCCCUUAGCUCUAUCUACCAGACGUUGGACGCCAUGGAAAUGAACAAGCUGAACGCCCUUCACUGGCACCUGGUCGACGACCAGAGCUUUCCUUUUGUCAGUGAGACCUUUCCGCAGCUGCACCAGCACGGCGCCUACAACGCCGAGACGCACAUCUACACCAAGGCGGACGUCGCUGCGGUGAUUGAGUACGCUCGCCUGAGAGGAAUUCGAGUCAUUGCAGAGUUCGACACACCAGGACACACCCGGUCCUGGGGAAGGGGGGUGAGCGGUCUGCUGACGCAGUGUUUUGACGCCCACCACAAGGCGGUGCCCAACUCUUUCGGCCCGCUCGACGUCACCAAGAACGCCACCUAUGAGUUUGUGGAGAAGCUCUUCGAAGAGAUUGUCGGCCGCUUUCCCGACCAGUACACGCACCUGGGCGGCGACGAGGUCAACUUUCAGUGCUGGGCCUCCAAUCCCCAGGUGCAGGCCUUCAUGCGGGAGCACGCCCUGGGCACAGACUACAGGCGACUCGAGUCGUACUACAUUCAAAAGCUGGUGCAAAUAGUGGAACGCCUGAAGAGGAGCUACAUCGUCUGGCAGGAGGUUUUCGACGAUGGCGUCCAGCUGCAGGCGGACACGGUGGUGCAGGUGUGGAAGGGCCACGAGGGCCAGUGGAUGGGCGAGAUGGAGCGGGUGACGGCUCGGGGCUUCAAGGUGCUCCUCUCCAGCCCCUGGUACCUCAACCACAUCGCUUACGGCACUGACUGGAACCGGCUGUACCAGGCGGAUCCGCUGCACUUCAACGCCUCGGCGGCGGCGCACAAGCAGCUGGUCAUGGGCGGAGAGGCGUGCAUGUGGGGAGAGUGGGUCGACGCCAGCAAUCUCAUCAGUCGAACAUGGCCACGCGCUAGCGCCGUAGCGGAACGUCUUUGGAGCCCACAACACGUCAACAGUGUCAACCAGGCACGGCCUCGUUUUAACCACCAACACUGUCGAAUGCAAGUGCUCGGCCUGCGAGUUCAGCCCAAUGAAGGCCCUGGAUACUGUGCAUGCGACCAUGCAAUGUAG